UGCGCUGUGUCCCUCGGACACAGCGGAUCACUGAUCCACAGAAAGAGCCGAAGAUGUUGGCUUGGUCAUGGGAUCAGCUGUCUCCAAUCACAGCUGAUCACAUCAGCACCACCUGUCAGUGUCCAUCAGUGCCAGCUCUUAUUGCUCAUCCAUGCCACCUGCCAGUGCCCAUCAAUGCCACAUAUUAGUGCCCAUCUGAGCUGCCUUUCAGUGUCACUCAUCAGUCCCAGUCAGUUCCACCUAUCAGUGCUGCCAAUCAGUGCCACCUAUCAGUGCCAGUCAGUGCUGCCUAUCAGUGUGCACAUCAGUGCCGCCGCUCAGUGCCCUUCAGUGCUGCCUAUCAGUGCCACCUGACAGUGCCAGUCAGUGACACCUAACAGUGCCAGUCAGUGCCGCCUAUCAGUGCCAUAUAUGAGUGCUUCCUUUCAGUGCCCAUCAGUG